AUGGCGGAAGACUUCCUCGUCACGCCGAAGCCUCCGCCAGAGCUCAACAUCCCGCCCUCACCAAACACAGUCAAAGCCUCAUGCAUCGACAGCACGUCACGUUUCAAGAUCCCCAUGGCCCCCUUCCUGCAACCCGAUUACGUCGGCCACGAACAUCUAGUCGGACCCUCCUUCUCGUUCCUGAUCGAGCACCCGUCCUCCAAGCCCGUGCUCUUCGACCUGGGCAUCCGCAAGGACUGGCAUGUCCUGCCGUCGUACCCCAAGUGGGUGCGUUUGAAGUGGGUCAUUAAUGUCGAGAAGGACACGGCGACGAUCUUGAAGGAGAAUGGCGUCGAUGUGGAUGGGGGUGCCAUCGGUGCGAUCAUUUGGAGCCAUCACCAUUGGGACCAUGUAGGCGAUCCUGCGACGUUUCCUGGCUCGACGGAUCUUGUCGUAGGGCCGGGGUUCAAGGCGGCUCAUUUGCCCGGGUAUCCGAAGAAUCAGGACUCCACGCUCAUGGAGACUGACUUUGAGGGUCGUGAGGUCCGAGAGGUGGAUGUCCAGGGCGAAGGGAAAGGCCUGAAGAUCGGAAGGUUCCAUGCGUAUGACUAUUUCGGCGAUGGCAGCUUCUAUCUGCUCGACACGCCGGGUCACUCGAUCGGCCAUAUCUGCGGCUUGGCAAGAACGACUUCAAACCCCGACUCGUUCGUGUUCAUGGGGGGUGAUGCUGCUCAUCACGGGGGCGAAUUCCGACCUACCGAGUAUACCACUAUCCCCAAGGAGCUCAAGCCUUCACCACUGAAGCGAAGGGUUGGUUCGUGUCCGGGUCACUUGGCGCUGGAUAUCCAUCCACACGGCAGGGCGGACAAACCCUUCUACUACGUGACGGAGAGCUUUGCCCACAAUAAGAAAAUAGCCGACUGGACCAUUGACGGUCUGGGUGAGUUUGACGGUCAUGAGAACGUGCUCAUGUUGAUGGCGCACGACGAUGCUGCUGUAGACCCGCCGCAAUUUGAUUUCUUCCCGAAAUCAUUGAAUGACUGGCACGAGAAAGGAGCCGGUAAGCGAUUGAAAUGGUUGUUCUUGAGCGAUUUCGAGGAGGCGGUGGAUGAAAAGGAGAAGGGAGGUCAAGCGUUCACUUGGGGGCAGUAUCCUUGA